CCUGUAAGGCGGCACGAUGCUGUUUUGCAGGCGUCUCCAUCUGCUCGCAUAGUUCAGUGCCGAACGCUGCCGUGCGUUCCCGCAGGAGCGGGAGACGGGGGCGCGACCAGCCACGGCGGGGGCCUUUCGGCCUCAGGAAGGACGCCCGGGAGGCCGGGCUGGAAGGAUGAGGAGCUCCUCCCGGAGACUUCCGCCGCAGCAGGAGGGCUCGGAGUCAGACGCGGGGAAGGAGGUUCGGGCUUCGAGCUCUGUUUGUAAAGGUCUCAAGGGCAAGGGAGGGGACGUUGGCCACAAAGCCUCAAGAUAGCAGCCUGCUCGCCUUGUCCUGUCCAGGAGGACCUGGCCACGGAAGGGUCGUCCUCUGCUGCUGACCCCCAUCAAAUCCCAUCAUGCCCACAGCCCUGUGCCCCCGUGUCUUGGCUCCAAAAGAAAGUGAGGAGCCCAGGAAAAUGAGGAGCCCCCCCGGAGAGAACCCCAGCCCCCAGGGUGAGCUUCCCAGCCCUGAGUCCUCCCGCCGCCUCUUUCGCCGUUUUCGCUACCAGGAGGCGGCGGGCCCCCGGGAGGCCUUGCGCCGCCUCUGGGACCUGUGCCAGGGCUGGCUGCGGCCCGACAGGCACACCAAGGAGCAGAUCCUGGAGCAGCUGGUGCUGGAGCAGUUCCUGUCCAUCCUGCCCCGAGAGAUCCAGGGCUGGGUGCGGGCCCAGGAGCCCGAGAGCGGCGAUCAGGCUGUGGCGGCCGUGGAGGCGCUGGAGCGGGAGCCCGGGCGGCCCUGGCAGUGGCUCAAGCACUGUGAAGACCCCGUGGUGAUUGAUGAUGCGGACGGCCCUCCUGACCGGGAGCCGGAUCGGCUGCCUGAAGAAGCCCAGAGCGACCUCCCAAAGAGCCAGGACAGCCAGCCCACGGCCGUGGUGCAGGGCCCCGGGCUCCUGAGCAGAGCCGUGGGCCAGCCCGGCGGGAGUCCAGCUCUGCAAGAGCCUGCCGUUCUCCAGGACGCAAGUCUGAGGGACCCGCAGCAGGUGGCUGCCCUGCAGCUGCCCCCGAACCGGGUUUCUCCUUUCAAGGACAUGAUCUUCUGCUUCUCGCAAGAGGACUGGUCCCUUCUGGACCCUGCGCAGACGGGCUUCUAUGGAGAGUUCAUCAUCGGGGAGGACUGUGGGGUCUCGCUGCCUCCAGGUGACCCGGGCACCCAGGCGAAUCUCUCCCAGGGAGAGGAGAUCGAGCCCCGGGUCCCAGAGUUGCAGGACCUGCAGGGGAAGGAUGUGGCCCAGGUGUCCUACUUGGACUUCCCAGGACUCCAGCCGGUCCAGGUAGAGGAAAGAAAGAAACGGGAUGAGCUGCAGGUGCCCGAGGUCCAGACCUGCCAGCAGGCGGCACUCACUCAGAGCACCUGCCCAGCAGGAGGGGACGCGCUGGCCCCAGAGAAGGGCCUGGACGAGGAGGUGAGCAUCGAGAUCGUCCUGUCCAGCUCUGGAGAGGAGGACUCCCAGCUCGGGCCUUACUGCGCCGACGGGCCGCGCGGCCUUGUGAGCGCCCGGCACGGCAGCGCGGAGCCCGGGGCCGAGGUGCAGGCGUCCUCCAAGAAGUCCUACAUCUGCCCCAACUGCGGGAAGGUCUUUCGCUGGCGGGUCAACUUCAUCCGGCACCUGCGCAGCCGCAGGGAGCAGAAGCCGCACGAGUGCUCGGUGUGCGGGGAGCUGUUCAGUGACAGCGAGGACCUGGACGGCCACCUGGAGAGCCACGAGGUCCAGAAGCCGCACCGCUGCAGCGCCUGCGGGAAGAGCUUCCGCCUCAACGCGCACCUGCUGUCCCACCGGCGAGUGCAUCUGUCGGAGCCGGGCGGGGCCUCCGGCGGCCUGCCGGCCUCCCGCUGCUGCGACUGCGGCCGCACGUUCCAGCGGCCCGAGCUCCUGGCGCGCCACCGCCGCCGUGCGCACCUGACCGACGCAGCGCGGCCCUUCCGCUGCCGCUACUGCGUCAAGAGCUUCUCGCAGAACUGCGACCUGCUCCGCCACCAGCGCCUGCACCUGAAGCGCCGCUCCAAGCAGGCCCUCAACUCCUACUGAGGCGGCGCGGCCCGCGCCCAUGGUGCACCUGCCCUUCGCUCUCAGGUAGAAAUGAGGUGGUCGCCGGCUGAGCGUGGGCUCCGGCUCCGCUGUGCCAGAUGGCAGGGAAGGCGUGUCUACACCAGCUUGGACUCCGUGUCCGCAGGUCCGAGAGGACCACCCCCUCCAGAGCACCCCAGGCAGGCAGGGACAGGACCACGCCCUGCCAUGGUCACCCCUUGGGGUUCUGUCCCUUGCCGGCCAGUGUCAAGUACGCUCCCAUAAACCUGUGUCCGACACCCUCCCUUCGCCGUACCGAGGUCCAGGGGUACCUGCACGUCUGUCUGAAGCUUGGGGUGGGCUGAUGAGCCAGGGCGUGUUGCUUGUGGGCUGUGACCGCGGGGCUCAGCACCAGGCCAUGUCCUGUCAUCAGAAGUCUGAGUGUCUGUCACCCCUGGGCCCAUAGGUACACCCCACUGUUCCCAGGCAGCGCUUUCAGGCUCAGGCUGCGGUGGGGGCUUUACAGCUCCUGCAGAAGGGAGACUCCUCCCCUCCGUUUGUGAUGGUGUCUGCUUAUUAGGGAACAUGAGCUCAUCGAAGGCAAAGCCCACGUCUUAGACUGUAGCACACCCUCCCCUAAGUGUUGUUUCUUUGUACCCUCCAAGGGCCUUCGUGAGAGGUCGUGGGGCGGAUGCGGGGUCCGCGGAGGCCAGGAAGGGGGCUCAGCCCCCAGUGAGGGCGUGCUGUUGUGUCUGGGUGAGCCGAGCCCGGGGGAACGGCCUCACUGAAGUCGUGCUCUGCGCGGAUGACUUGGCGUGCUGGUUGUGAUUGUUCAAGAGAGCUCCUCAGAAACCAGAUGGCUCAGAACGACACAGCCAAGAUCUGGUCUCUGCAGGUGGCUCCUCGCCAGGGAGGGUCUGUUCCUCGCGGCUCCUAUCGCCCCUCCCCCCCACGCUUGCUUGCAAUUGCUCAUCCUCCAGAAGCAUCACCUCAGCUCUGCUGUAUCUUCACACGGUGCUCUGUGUGUGUGUCUGUCCCUUUCUGUGCGGACCCCAGUCGUGUCUAAGGCCUGCCCGUCCUGCUCCAUACACUCCCGUCUUAACCAACUACAUUUGCCAUGGCCUCGUUCCCAAAGAAGAUCACACUCCAGUGUGCCAGGGUUCGAGUUGGGGGGCAUUGGUGACACGGUUCAGCCCCCACCGCCACGGAGCCCUGCGGCUCUCAUCCCCAAUUCGCACAGCGCAGUAGCGAGCUCUCCCCCCAGAGCCAGGAUUCAGACCCGCGCUGCUGCUUCCGGGGGAAUGGCCUCUCCAUAAGAGCCUUCAGUGUCCGUAGCCUGGCAUUUUGGACAGGAAGUGGCUGUUGGCAGUGGAGUCUCAGACGUUGGUGACUGUGGUCCUAACGCCCCCGGAAGAACUGGCCGAGUCCCCUCGGCCCAGUGAUGAGAAGGCGUGGGGACUGAUGAGCAGCUGUGGCUGAUUGUCAAAGCCAGCAGCCAGGCGGGUGUGCUGUAGUAUUUGGAGUGCUGCCAGUUGUUCCUUGUCACCCACUUCGUUGUCCCAUCAAGACACUGCUCCCCCAGACCCAGUGCAAGAGUUACAAGGUCCUAGAGCUAAAAGGUGCAUCUACACACUCAGGAACAGCAGAUGCAGUAAAACCAUUUGGUCACAGCCUCAAUCAUAAAUAAACUAUUGGGGCUCUUUGUUUUUAAAAUAGUUUGCCUCUUGCAUUGAUCUGCCAGGAAAUGGGGAGAAGAAACCCCCAAAAUCUUAUAAGGCUAAUGAAAAAUUCCAAAUAGAAGCCGGACUGCACAUUUGUCCCAUCCAACUUUGCUUUGGCCAAAGGUUCCAUUGAUGGUGAGUUUGUUAACCCACCCAUGGCAGAUGCCUGUCCAGGAGGAAUAUUGCUCCACUUAACUGGAGUAUUUUACGUGUAGAAUCCGAUCAUAAAUAAGAAACAAAUGGAAUGUACCAGAACUGAAACCUAAAAGGAUGCCGUGCAUUUCUUGAGUGUCAAUCUAGAGAGUGUGAGGCAGCCUCCCAUUCACUGUCCCAAAGCUGACCAAGGCACCUAGCAAACCGGGAGCUGCCACGGGUCCUGGGCACUGUCGUGGGUGAUGUAGUUCAGUCCCAGGUUUGUCCCAGGCAGACAAGCUGGGGCUACCCGCAUUGUGGAAGGCUCCAGGUCGUAGGAGGGCUGGCCCGCUUGGCUCCUCCCCUGCUCUGUGGGUGCUGGGCAGGCAGGCGAGGGGUCUCGACCUGGCCAGACCUGGCCACGGAGGCUCAGGAGACUGUGCGUCUGGGAAGUAUCUGUCCUCCCUGUUCCUCCGAUCCCUUGGCAUUGUUCCCACAAACUGAACAGGUGCAUAAUAAAAUCUCACUGAAUUAA